UUCUGAUUGGACUAAUAGCUCAUGAAUUAUUAAUKCGUUCUAGAAAACUUACUCAAUAACCCGUUGACUGAGUAAUAUAUGUAUACUGUAUCAGGAGCUCAAUCAGACGUCGUGUUUUAUCUACAGGCAGUGUCCGAUAACUAUGGCAUUCUAAAUAACGAUACAACCUGCAAGUUCAUCAACUUUAACGACAAUGAUCAUAUAUUCCGUAUGCAAGUCUAUCAUCUAUUUGGCUGGUUUUGGAUCAUGAACUUUAUCAUCGCUCUUGGUCAGUGCGUAUUGGCAGGUGCCUUUGCGUCUUAUUACUGGGCAUACGACAAGAAAAAUGAUGUACCAACUUUUCCUGUGGCUGCUUCAUUCUACCGUACUCUAAGGUAUCAUACAGGGUCACUUGUGUUGAUUUUAGCAUAA